UUAUUUUAUUUUGAGUUUUGCCAUGGACCCCAUAAUGAAUCGAGACAGGACCGGCCUCAACCACCAUAUUAUAGAAUUCUAUUGCAAAGAUCACUCCUUUUAUUGGCAACUUGCUGCAACUUAUUGAAGUUCUUCGUUUGUUGACAUUAUAAGUAACACAAAAUAGUUAAUGCCGUAAUGGCCUCAACCACAUAUAAAUUAGCCAGUGGAAAUUAAAGUCUGUCACAUGCAUGAAUCUUACUGUGAAUUCAUCAGGACUCAAUGUCACUAAAUCUACAACAAAAGGAAAGAUAAAACAGAAGAAAAAAACAAAAUCAAGAUUGAAGAAGCUUAUCAUCAAUGGCAAACCAUAUUACCGCAAGUUUCUUUGCCCGGGUCAAUGCCUUGUUCAGAAGAAACUUAACCUACUAGUUUCUUAAUUUAGUCUCGUAAGAUAUACACAUAUCAUCACGUUACGUGAUACGUACCAUACAACGUUUCCGCAAAAUCUUAUAGUAAUUAACAUUAUAACUUAUCAAUAACUCACUCUCCACACAUGCUGGUUGAAAGAUUUUCUUGGUCGUCGUGGGAUUACUCCUUUCUUUGGCAACUUCUUGCAUAUUAUAAUUGAAGUUCUUCUUUCGUUGAAAUGACUAAUUAUUAAGAUAAAUACCAAUUUAUAAUUCGCAAGUGGAAAUCAAAAGGUGUCAUAUAGAUCGAAUUGUGAACUCAUAGAGUCAAAUCAGGACUCAUCUAUGGCGAAACCUGCUGCCGCCAGUUUCUUGACGCAAGCCAACGCCUUGUUCAAGAAAAACUUAACUUAUCAGAAACGGAACAUAUGGAGCAACGUUAGGCUGAUCGUGAUCCCUUUGUACCUUUGUGUGGUUCUAGUGUGCAUUCAAGCUGUGUUCGAUUCACUGGUUAAUAACUCUGUUGAUAAUCAAUGUGGUUGUCGAUGCAUCGACGACUCCGACAAAAAUGGAGAUGGCAAAUGCGAAAAAAAAAGUUGUGGUUUACAAUAUUCAUCACAAAACCAAGCUGUCUUCUGUGCCUUCCCUAACCCUCCACCAUUGCUUCCUUUGUUACAUAUUCCUCGUUCUUUUAAUCAUACCCGUCGUGACUCGUGCAAACGAACCGGAUCUUGUCCUGUAACCAUACUUGUUACUGGGAAUAACCAAUCCCUUGGAACAACUUUAUCUGAGAAUCUUCUAAGUACUUCUUCCACGGUCAACUCCUCUUCUGACCAUUUCUUGCGUAAUCUCUCGUAUAAUGUCUUGGGCACAACAUCAGAGACAGACUACACCAACUAUCGUGAUCCAGGGAUUUACUCAGAUCUUCCCAUUUUCAAUAUCCAACCUCAGUGCACCCCAGCCACUACAUUUUCAUUCUCAUUCCGACAACCACCUCUCGAGUUUCAUAAAGAGGUGAGAUGCGUUCAAGGAUUGAGUCUCUGGAGAAAUAACUCCGUAGAGGUCAAUGAUGAGAUCUUUAAGGGCUAUCGUAAAGAAAAUCAUGCAGAGAUCAUCAAUGAGGUCGCUGCAGCAUACGAUCUCUUGGACACGGAUAGGAACAACUUCAAUGUGAACAUCUGGUAUUACACGACAUACAAGGGAGAUUUUCAAGAUUGGCGUGUGAAGUAUGUCCGAGUUCCUCGCUCAGUCAAUUUGGUUUCGAAUGCUUACCUUCAGUUUUUGCAAGGCCCAGGGACAAAGAUGUUAUUCGAUUUUGUUAAAGAAAUGCCUAAACAAGAAACUAGGCUUCGCAUGGACAUGGCGUCUCUCAUAGGCCCCAUUUUCUUCACAUGGGUUAUUCUUCUUUUGUUCCCUGUGAUCUUGACCUCAUUGGUGUAUGAGAAGCAGCAACGUCUAAGAAUUAUAAUGAAAAUGCAUGGCCUAGGAGAUGGUCCAUAUUGGAUGAUAACCUACGCCUAUUUUCUCGCCAUAUCCACGUUAUACAUUAUAUGUUUGAUGAUAUUUGGGUCAGCAAUAGGACUGAAGUUCUUCCGGUCCAAUGACUACAGCAUCCAGUUCAUUUUCUAUUUUCUUUAUAUAAAUCUGCAAAUCUCCAUAGCCUUUUUAGUUUCCUCAGCAUUUUCAAAGGCUGUGACAGCAUCAGUUGCUGCUUACAUGUACGUGUUUGGAUCUGGGCUAUUGGGCGGGUUCCUCUUCCAGUUUCUGAUGGAAAGUUUAUCGUUUCCUAGUAAGCUAUCAAGAACAACAUGAAAAAGACAUUCUCAAAACUGACCACAAUGGCACUAUAUAAUCUUUUAUUUUUUACCAGGACGCUGGAUAUUUGUCAUGGAAUUUUAUCCCGGCUUCUCAUUAUACCGCGGGUUGUAUGAAUUCUCCCAAUAUGCUUUCCAAAGAAACUUGAAUGGGAGGGAUGGGAUGAAGUGGAAAGAUUUCAGAGGUAGUGCAAUGGAUGAAGUUUUCUCUAUCAUUAUCGUUGAGUGGUUUCUCGCACUCAUUGCAACAUACUGCAUGGACCGAGUUUCGUCAUCAGCGAAAGACCCUUUUGCAUUCUUGAAAAACCCUCUCAAGAAAUCUUCUUCUCCACAAAGGCCUAGCUUGCAAAAAGAGGAAUCUUCCGUUUCCGUAGAAUUGGAGAAACUGGAUGUCAUUCAGGAGAAAGAAAAGGUCCAGCAGUUGAUGCUUGAGCCGAGCACAAGCCAUGCGAUUGUAUGUGACAACCUGAAGAAGGUGUAUCAAGGCAGGGAUGGGAAUCCGCCUAAAUUGGCAGUUUGUGGCUUAUCUCUCACUGUGCCGUCAGGAGAAUGUUUCGGCAUGUUAGGGCCCAAUGGUGCCGGAAAGACCUCGUUCAUCAAUAUGAUGACUGGACUUGUGAAACCAACAUCAGGAUCAGCUUUUGUUCAAGGUUUAAACAUAUGCAAGGAUAUGGACAAAGUAUACACCAGUAUGGGUGUUUGCCCACAACACGACUUGCUCUGGGAAACAUUGACAGGGAAAGAACAUCUUUUCUUUUAUGGAAGACUUAAGAAUCUCAAAGGCCCUGAUCUCGACCAAGCUGUAGAAGAAUCACUUAAGAGUGUGAACCUAGUUCGCGGAGGAGUUGCUGAUACACCUGCUGGGAAAUACAGCGGAGGAAUGAAAAGGCGGCUAAGCGUAGCCAUUUCACUUAUCGGGAGUCCUAAGGUUGUUUAUAUGGAUGAGCCAAGCACAGGACUUGAUCCGGCUUCAAGAAUAAACUUAUGGACAGUCAUCAAACGCGCAAAAGAACACACAGCUAUAAUCCUUACAACUCAUUCAAUGGAAGAAGCAGAGUUUCUUUGUGACCGAUUGGGGAUUUUUGUUGAUGGAAAGUUACAAUGCAUAGGGAAUCCAAAAGAGCUGAAGAAAAGGUAUGGUGGAUCCUAUGUAUUAACAAUGACAACAUUACCAGAACAUGAAAAAGAUGUUGAGACGUUGGUUCAAGAUGUUUCCCCAAAUGCAAAGAAGAUAUAUCACAUCGCUGGGACUCAGAAGUUUGAGUUCCCAAAGGAGGAGGUUCGCAUCUCGGAAGUGUUUCAGGUGGUGGAGAAGGCCAAGAGCACUUUCAGGGUGUUUGCGUGGGGACUUGUGGACACAACUCUUGAAGAUGUUUUCAUCAAGGUUGCUAAAACCAGUCAGGCCUUUAAUGUCUUCUCUUGAAUAUUCGUAAGAUUAUUAUUUAUGUAUGUUCAUGGUUAAUAAAAUUGAUAAUGUAGAGGUUUGUAUCAUGUACAUUGUUGGAUGUUGGCUGCAAGUUUGUGAAUUUCUUCGAGGUCUUUUUGUAACUUGUUUGUUUGUGGAUGA